ACAGAUGGAUCCAGUAAUGGGAACCCACCAGAGAGAUGUCCAAGUCUUCUGUAUUCCCGGGAUUCCACACACGAAGGUCACACCAUCCAUCGCCAUCAUCAGGUAGAUGGACAGGAAGGUCACACCAUCCCUCACUAACAUCAGGUAGAUGAAUCCAGUAAUGGGAACCCACCAGAGAGAUGUCCCCAUCCUCUGUAUUCCCGGGAUUCCACACAGGAAGAUCACACCAUCCCUCACCAUCAUCAGGGUGAAGAAUGGAUUUAUAUAAAAGCUGAGGUUAAAGAGGAAGAAGUGGAGACAUCUGUGGGGGGGGAUCGACCGUCCACGGAGGAGGUUGGGAUGUUCAUGAAAAGCGAACAUGAAGAAAUGUCUCUACCUAUCCACACAGAUGGAUCCAGUCAUGGGAACCCACCAGAGAGAUGUCCCCGUCCUCUGUAUUCCUGGGAUUCCACACAGGAAGAUCACACCAUCCCUCACCAUCAUCAGAGUGAAGAGCUGAUCAAUAUAGAAGGUGAGGUUAAGGAGCAAGAAGCGCAGAUGUGUGUGAGGGGUGAUCAGACGUCCAAGGAGGAGGUUGGGAUGGAGAAGAAAAGUGAACAGGGUCAAAGUUUUCCACCUAUCAACACAAAUGGUGCUGAUGUCAGUAAUUCCUCGAGAGAGACGUCUUCUAUUAUCUGCUGAUUGGAAGUCAGAAGAUAAUGCCAUCACACAGGAUUCUCCAGGAGUGAAUCCAAAUACACCCAAUAUCCAUCACAGACCUUCCUGUCCGGAGACAUCAAUGGAUCCCUCUGAUCAGGGGGAAUCUUCUGACCAAUCACAUACUAGGAGUGCAAAUGUCCAUUUAGGAUCUCACACUGCAGAUAGACCAACAGAUCCAUCUGAUCCCAAGGAAUCUUCCGCACCCCAUGAAGGAGCUCACGAGGGGACAAUCUAUUCUCAUGUUCAAAGUGUGGGAAAUGUUUCACUCAGAAAGGAGAGCUUGUUAAGCACCAGCGAAUUCACACGGGUGAACGUCCUUAUCCAUGUUCAGAGUGCGGGAAAUGUUUUGCUCAGAAAGGAGCGCUUAUUGAACACCAGAGAA